AUGCAAGCUGCUUCGCUCUCAAAGAUCUGGCGUUAUGAUAAUAAUGUGGUUCCCGAAGACGUGGAUUCUUCAUCAUUUGAAGGCAUUGAAUGCAUCGAGUUUCCGAAAAAACACGGCUUUAAUGUAAGUGAAAAGAGAGAACUCAUACACGCCUUGUCCAACCAGCCAGAAGAAGCUUCGGAGCUAUUAAACUCAUGGAGCCGAAACGAGAUAAUGAAGAUCAUAUGCGCAGAGAUGGGCAAAGAGAGGAAGUACACUGGUUUAAACAAACCGAAACUCAUACAAAACCUCCUGAAUCUUGUGUCUCGUCCUCUUGGAGAGACUUCUUGUUCUGACCGUAGAAACUCGAGGAAGAAACAGAAGACGACCAGUUACAUCGUUUGCUGCGAAAAUCUAACAUGCAGAGCUGCGCUCGGAGCCGAAGAUACUUUCUGUAGAAGAUGCUGUUGCUGCAUUUGUCAUAAGUUUGAUGAUGACAAGGAUCCGAGUCUAUGGCUUACUUGUGAGGCUUGUGGAUUGUCUUGUCAUUUGGAAUGUGCUUUGAAGCAAGAAAGGUGGGGGAUUGAAAGUCUUGAUGGCAGAUUUUACUGCGCGUUUUGCGGCAAAGAUAGCGACUUGCUCGGAUGCUGGAGGAAACAAGUGAAGGUGGCGAAGAAGACUCGGCGUGUUGAUGUACUUUGUUACCGUGUUUCUUUAGGACAGAAGCUGUUGAGAGGUACGAGGAGGUAUCGGAAAGUGUUGGAACUUAUGGAUGAGGCGGUGAAGAAGCUUGAAGGUGACGUGGGUCCGUUAUCGGGUUGGGCCAUGAAGAUGACUCGAGGUAUCGUCAAUAGACUUUCUUCGGGAACACAAGUUCAGAAGCUGUGUUGUUUGGCUAUGGAAGCUCUGGACAAAAUGGUCUCACCAUCAGAAUCUGUUUCACGACGAGAUGACAAGAUGAGCGUGAGAGUAGAAGAGAUUCAAGCAAGAUCAGUCACUGUGAGGUUAGACUCCGAGGAGCAGUCUUCUUCUUCUCAAAACAAAACCACAGGUUUUAGAUUGCUUUGUCGAAAGACCAAGGAAGGAGAGUGCUUGUCUCAGGCUAUUUGUGCUGUGUAUCUACCUCAGAGGAGGUCUACCAUCCAAGGACUUGACCCCGAGACCGAGUUCUGUCUCAGAGUCGUGGCCUUUAACGAGGAAGGUGAUUUAGAUGAGUCUGAGAUUCGGUUCUCAACGCUAAAGGAUGAUGGAGAUGAAGCUGGGAACAGGCAAUGCCUUUUGACAAACUCUAGCAGUGGUCUUUGUAGUAAUCCAUCUUCGCCCGAAGAUGAAUCUAACAACGUCGGUAAAAGCUGCUGCAUAGCAAAUGGUGACAACGACAACAUUGAGCGCCGUAGUGCAGGAGAGGUAGAAUCUGAGCCCGUAAAAAGGAAAGCUAGCAGUGAGUUGCUUGUAACACCCGGCAAGAGAAAUAAUUUAAAGGGCAAAUCAAGAACAGCAACGGUUAACGAGAAACAUGGGAUCAAUGUAGCGAAUGGAGUGGGAGAUAAAGACUUGGGUCAUAUCGUGAAGACCAUUAUACGAUUAGAGCAAGGAGGUCACAUAGACAAGAGUUUUAGGGAAAGGUUCUUGACAUGGUAUAGCUUAAGAGCUACUCACCGAGAAGUUAGAAUCGUGAAGCUCUUUGUGGAGACAUUCAUGGAGGAUCUGUCUUCUUUGGGACAACAGCUUGUGGACACAUUCUCAGAAUGCAUACAGAGCAAGAGAUCAACAGCAACUGGUGUUGUGCCUGCUGGAAUCAGCCUCAAGUCAACAACUGGUGUUGUACCUGUUGGAAUCUGCCUCAAGCUUUGGCAUUAA